GAUCAUUGUGAGCAUCAAAUCCCCGACUGCUUGUCACAACAAUCUCCUCGAAAUUCGUGCAUUCUGACUGAAAAUCAGUACAAUGAGCAUCGAAAGAGGCCAGAACAAAAGAGCGUCCGUGAUAGAUGAUGAUGCCGUCGCAAAAUCAAGUGGGGUUGACAAAUCGAAACUUAAGAGAACCAAUCGAAUCAUCAGAUCGUGCUCCAGAUGUAAAAAAAGAAAGGUUAAAUGCAAUUUUGAAAUUCCUUGCGAUCGAUGCAUUGCUCGGAAUCAGGCCCAUUUAUGUACAAGAGAUCCUAUAAUCUUUGAUGGCUUGUUAAUAAGUAACGAUGACACUACCGAGCUCAAAUAUUCACAAGAAAACGAGGUUUUGAAGAGGAAAAUAAAGGAACUUCAAGACACUAUUGUGAAGCUCAAAUCGGUGAAAAAUGAACAACCGUUGAAACCUGACAAAAAAAAGGUAGAAGGACCCUCUGAUAUCCAUGCGGCAACUAAUAGCUCUGUUUCAUCGUCUAACGGUAAAUUAAGUUUGAACGACGUUAUUCUAAACCCCAAGAACAAGUCACAGCUUUCUCAUGAUGAGCAUAAUUCUUCAAAAUUUAAUGACACGGACUGGAAUACAUACUCGACGACCAUUAGCCUUUUGAAAAAAGGUCUUGCAAAUGGAUUAAUACUAGACAGCACCAACAGCUCUGCAGCAGAAAUGGAUUAUAACACAGAAGAGUGGCUCAGAUUAAGCGACAAGAACUUUCUUAAAUAUGAUGCCGAGGAUUCCAAGAGUAAGUGCUGGUUGUACGAGUUAGAUUUGAUCUCCGAAUUGAGAAAACCAACUUGUGAUAUUUUGAUCAAAUCGGGCUUGAAAAUUGUUACCCUUUUCCCGAUAAUUGACAUCUCUGAUUUUAUACGAGAAUACGAGGAAUACUGGGCAGAUGACUCAAUUACUGAAAAACAUAUCUCUCCGUUGUACACUAAGAGUGCAUUGAAUUAUCUUUUUGUCGGUCUGAUGUAUGCGCUAAUGUGUUUUGGGGUAUAUCAAUGUGAUGCAGAGGUCAGCGAACAACUAAAAUUUAGCUCCUAUGAUUGGGACAAUUACUCUAAAGCAUUCUUUAGUGCCUCAUUGGAGGCUCUGUACAGAGGAAGAUAUAUGACACAUCCCAACUUCAAAUCAAUUCAAAUCCUUUCAAUUUUGAGAAUUUUGUGUGGGUUCCUAGGGGGUAACACCUUGUCUAACAACCUGACAUGUGUUGCAUUUUUCCUUUCCUAUAAGCUUGACAUAUUGAAAAGUGAUGAUCCGCUGAAACAUGUGAAUAUGUGGAACACCCUUGCUUACGACUGGUACGAUGAUCAUGACCGAUAUCUACUUUCUGAUCUUGACUACGCUAACUCUCUUCCAAAGCUUAAUAGAUGGAUCGAUGAAAAUCAGGAACUGAUUAAUUGGCCACAAUAUUACUUGUUAUUUCUUGUGAAUGUUUCUAUUAUCAAAAGAAGGUUUUACCAUGAUAGUGUAAAGUCAACUUUAAAAAGCUUGAAGCUGGCUGACAUAGAAUUACGCUAUCUUAAGGUCGAAUCUUCCCGGGAUCUGGACUCCUAUUCUCCUCAACAGUAUAAGAAUUUCACACGAGAGUCAAUCAAGUGUUUGAAUUUCCACGUUAAUUCAUUGAUUCACCAUGAAACAUUGGAUGUCAAUUUGAAGCUUUCAACAUUUCUAUCGUGCGAAGAGUGGUCUUCGAAUUAUUAUUCAACAUGUUACUUAAGCUCUUGUGAGAUCCUCAAAGCUUUCAUAUCUGAAGAUAUUCCUUUGGAGUAUAAGUCUUACCCUUCAAUCUGCGAACAUGUAAUAUAUGCUUCUGUUUUUCUUAUUGUUGAUUGCAUGCUAGAUGCUCAUCAUAUGAAGAACUACAAAGAAGUUCUCAAGCUUGUAUCACAAACUUUACCAAUUUUCCAAUCAUUCAAGUCUAUGGUCACUGGUGCAAUUCGAGGAUUAUAUACUAUCGAAAAACUACUGAUUUUGAUGAACCUCAAAAGGAAAGACAGAUCUAAAGUAAGUAGUACAACUGUUAAUCUCACUGAUAAGGAGCACGAUAAUUAUAAGGUGAAAAAAUGCUUAAACGAAGAGGUUUCUGCCAAUGAGCAUAUUAAAAUGAGUUCCAAAGAUGCGGAAAUUAAAGAUGUGCAACCUGAUAGUUCAGAUAUAGAUAGCAGUGCUGAUGAAAGCUCUAGUUCUGAUGAUAGUGAUAUGCCGUUGUACACUUCAACCUUAGAGAACAAACAAAAACAAUCAUUUUUGAGUAUGCUAGCACAACAAAACUCGGUAUCUCAGAAUUUCCAGGAUGGUGAUAACGAAAAGAAAAAUUUCCAGGAUAGCGAUAACGAAAAGCAAAUUCACAAUUUCAAUACAUUCGAUGUACCUGAAAACCAAAACAAUAUAUCAAACACUGAUUAUAGGGCAACCAAUCAAGGUUCUGUACUAUUGAAUGUUAACGGUACCUCUGUAACACCUGGAUGCAGCCCUAAUAUUUUAGAUAAUACCACUCCACAAUCUGGAAUGGAGUCAAAUGCAACCAUUAAAACAAACCCACCACCUCUCAUUCAAAAUACCAUCAUGGAUAUUUUGGAAGAUAGUGGAUGGAUUCAAUUUAUCAACUCAAUAGAUGAUUUGGGUGGUACGUGACUUGUUGUGUAAUGUCCUGAAAAGAGUAAAUAAUAUUAAUUUAUAGAUGGAGCUUCUAAAAACGGCUUGAAGACGUAAAAGUUAAUCAAAGGCCUCUUUUAGACGUUUUAACAACAACCUUAAUAGGCUCAACAAUACCCUUGUUAUCGUGUGGUCCCAAGGCAUCACCAGCUUGCCAGCCCAUUUUUUCAAGUAGCUUCCUGCCGAUACUCGAUGAGUCAAUCUCCUU